AUGUUAGUAAAACCCUAUUCCCCAACUCCCCGCCACCUCACCAAAUUCAAGCUCUCCCUCAUCGACAACCACAUGCCGCCUUGUUACAUGCCCUUCAUCUUCUUCUACAACAAUCCUACUCCCGGACGCACCGGAUCCAAACUCUACCGUCAGAGACUCGACGACUUAAAAUCCUCACUCGCCCACACUCUCACGCGCUUCUACCCGCUCGCCGGAAGGCUUUCGAAUCCCGACCACGACGGCGGAGAUUCGAUUCCGGUCGUGCAUUGCAAUGACAAUGGCGUCCCCUUCUCUUUCUCCGUCUUACCAAACGACGGUGAGAGCUUGGAUUCGUUCAUGGUCCGUAGAGGCAAGGAAGUCGUCGACUCGCUCCAGCGAUUCCUUCCUUUUCCGGCCCACCUGAUCACCACGCCGGCGGGCGUCGAAUCCGCACCGCAGAUCGCCAUCAAGGCCACCGUCUUCCCCUGCGGCGGGAUCGCCGUCGGGGUUUGCUUGCUGCACAAGAUUGUCGACACCCACACCCUCGUCGAUUUCAUGAAGCUCUGGGCCGCCACGGCGCGUGGAAACAAACGAGUAGGACUCAGCCUCAGCGCGUGCGCUCACGAUCAAUCCGCCACGUGGCGACUCUUCCCCGCGCAUCGCGACGACAGCUCCGUGAAUAGGAGAACGCGCCGGCAGCCUGCCCUUCGUCUUCUCCUGUUCUCCAGCAGUCCGGCGACUUGGCGACCGGCGAGCUGCCCUUCGUCUUCCCCUGCUGGCGACCGACGAGAAGGGCAGAGUACGAUUUUGUUUGAACUGUCGAUACUUAAAACAGGGGAAUUUUUUCCCCAAAGUCGCUACUCAACGGCCGCGUCAUUUCUGUCGGCGGUGCGCUGCCGCUGUGAGAAGAGUACCCAGAAGAAGAAGAAGCGAUGGAUGGUGGCUUUGCUGUACUCAACAGACAACGCCGAUUUCGAUUGA